CCUCACCAAACACCAACCCAACCAACCUUUCAGCAUCGCAGCACGCCUAUCUCACACAGCCAUGUCCGCUCCACGCGCCCUCAUCUUCAUCGCGCAAGGCACCGAAGAGCUCGAAUUCGUCACAACCUACGACAUCCUCGUACGCGCUGGAGUCUCCGUCGAAUCCGUAUACGUCGGCUCGUCGUCCGACCCAGAUGGGCCCCACUCCACCCCCUUUGUAACCUGCAGCCGGGGCGUGAAAGUAGUUCCUGACCUCUCGCUUCCUUCCCUCUCUGGCGGUAAGGGGUUGGACAGGGAUGCCGUCAUCGUACCGGGGGGAGGGCCGGGGGCCAAGACGAUCAGUGAGAAUGAGGAUGUGCAGGCUCUGCUGCAGAAGUACUAUGCGGAUGGGAAGGUCGUGGGUGCUAUUUGUGCAGGGAGUUUGGCGAUCAAGACGAGCGGCAUUGCCAAGGACUCGACGGUUACCAGCCAUCCGAGCGUGAAGGAGGAGUUGAGUAAGGACUACAAGUACUCAGAGGAACGCGUCGUCGUAUCAGACAAGCUCAUCACGUCGCGAGGACCAGGCACGGCGAUCCUCUUUGCGCUUACCAUCGCUGAGGCUUUGAUGGGCAAGGAAAAGAGGGAUGAGGUGGCAGGACCCAUGGUUCUCUCGGAGAAGCUGUAAAGGGACUGCGACGGAGUGCAGGAGAGUAUGUGCGGGAGAGCAUAGGUCGGAGGAAAGCUUGAAGGCAAGAGCCGGCUGUUCAUCGGCUCGCUUCUUGACGUCUUACCCUGCCUCCGUGUACAUAUCCACCAAUGCGACGCACGCACGCACUUUCGUCUGCAUCGCUGCAACAUCUUGAUAUCUGUUUGCAUUGAUCUGACUCACAGAGCCGUG